AAACGGCGGAUAAAGAUAAACCUCUGCUCUCCUCCGCUUUCCUUAACCGCCAAAACCUUCCUUCUCAAUCUGACUCUAAUGUCUUCUGUUGGUGGUGGUGAGCUUCUCUUUACCAAGCCUCUCACUCUCUCUUGCAUCCCCAAGGUCUCUCCUUUCUUCUCCUCCUUCUCUUCUCCGCCAAUCCGCUCUUUCUCUCCUCCUUUCCUCUCUGUUUCUUUCCUCUCUUCCAUUUCCACCUCCUCUCUACCUCUCCGCUGCUAUGCCGCGUCUUCCCCAUCCGAAACUGAGGGUGAAGAUUUCCUUGAUGCAGAAGAGGAAGACAUUGAAUCCGAUGAGGAAUACGCCUUUGAUCCCGACGCUCUUGAAUUGGAAGCAAAGCAUGCUGUUCGCGAGUAUUCUGCCUCAUUAUCUCAUCAGUUGAAACUGGAAGAUGAAGCUAGCGAUCAAAAGGAUUCCAGUCGAAAGCAGAAGAGAAGUAAAAGUACCACUAGAAAUAUCCCUGACCAUCUUCUUCCACGGGUUGCAAUUGUUGGAAGACCAAAUGUUGGUAAAUCAGCAUUAUUUAAUCGCCUUGUCGGGGGGAACAGGGCUAUUGUGGUGGAUGAGCCUGGGGUUACCAGGGAUCGCUUGUAUGGUAGAUCCUUCUGGGGAGAGUAUGAGUUUAUGGUGGUGGAUACUGGUGGGGUCCUCACUCUGUCAAAAACACAGGCCAAUUAUUCAGAGGAAUUGGCUGUUUCAACAACCAUUGGUAUGGAUGGCAUUCCACGUGCCUCCAGGGAGGCAGCUCUUGCAAGGAUGCCAUCUAUGAUUGAAAGGCAAGCUACUGCAGCUGUUGAAGAAGCAUCUGUGAUCUUAUUUGUUGUAGAUGGGCAGGCAGGUUUAACAGCAGCUGAUGUGGAGAUAGUGGACUGGCUGCGGAAGAACUAUUCAAGUAAAUCUAUCAUUCUUGCUGUGAACAAGUGUGAAUCUCCACGUAAAGGUAUCAUGCAGGCAUCAGAAUUUUGGUCAUUGGGGUUCUCACCACUUCCUAUAUCUGCUUUGUCUGGGACUGGAACUGGGGAGCUUCUUGACCUUGUUUGUUCAGGACUGCAAAAGAUUGAGGGACCUGAACAUCGAGACGAGAUAGAAAUUUAUGUCCCAGCUAUUGCAAUUGUUGGCCGACCAAAUGUUGGUAAAAGUAGUAUAUUAAAUGCCUUGCUUGGUGAGGAUAGAACAAUUGUUAGCCCUAUAAGUGGUACCACGCGUGAUGCUAUUGAUACAGAAUUUACAGGACCUGACGGCCAGAAGUUUCGCCUUAUCGAUACUGCUGGGAUUAGAAGAAGGGCAGCAAUAGCUUCAUUGGGUAGUGCCACUGAGGCAUUAUCAGUGAAUCGAGCAUUUCGUGCCAUUCGUCGAUCUGAUGUUGUUGCCCUUGUCAUUGAAGCCAUGGCUUGUAUAACAGAGCAGGAUUGCAGAAUUGCUGAAAGGAUAGAGAAGGAAGGGAAAGGUUGUCUGAUUGUUGUAAACAAAUGGGAUACAAUACCAAAUAAAAACCAGCAAACUGCAACAUAUUACGAGCAGGAUGUUCGAGAGAAGUUAAGAAGUCUUCAGUGGGCGCCUAUUGUUUAUUCAACAGCAAUAGCUGGUCAUGGUGUUGAAAAGAUCACUGUUGCUGCCAGCACAGUUGAGAAUGAGAGAUCAAGAAGGCUGAGCACUGCAAUAUUGAAUCAAGUGGUACAGGAAGCAAUAGCUUUUAAACCACCUCCUCGGACGAGGGGUGGCAGGAGAGGACGAGUUUAUUACUGUACCCAGGCUGCUAUCAGGCCUCCCACAUUUGUUUUUUUUGUUAAUGAUUCAAAAUUGUUUCCUGAGACUUACCGCCGUUAUAUGGAGAAGCAACUCCGUUCAGAUGCAGGUUUUGCUGGUACUCCUAUUCGACUUCUUUGGCGGAGCAGAAGAAAGCUAGAAAAAGAUGAAGGUAAAGCAACAAGACUGCAAGCAAACAUUGCUCCUCGUGGUGGAAAAUUGGCAUUGGCUACAUGAAAGAUAACGUUUAUCCUGCAUUUUUUGUUUCUAUUAUUACGGCAGGUGUUUCCAUCAUCUUAAACGUGAGUUGUUAUACGUAGCAAUCCUGCAAGAAACCUUGAAAGAAGAAAGGAAACAGGUUGACGGUUGAUAUUUAUAUUUUGGUUGUACAAUACUCCUUGGUCAGAAUCAGAAAUGCUACCAAAAGAUGACUUCUUUUGGAUUUUUGAAAAACCCCAACUGCUAUCUCAAUCAGUAGCGGCCACUUCGCUAUCUCCCACGCUAUCAUAGAUUUUUCCCUUUCCGUUGCUAUCUGCUAUUGAUAACCAUGCCGUUGUUUUUGCUUUUCACAGAAUUUGAUUGACUUGCAAGUCGCAACGGUGAAUGACUGAUUCCUUAAUUCUUGUGGGAGCAAAUGGUCCCAUAAUAAUUAGGGAUUUGGUAAGUGUAGUUGGAUGUAACUAUCAUGACAACGUCAGUGGGUAGAAAUAUUGAACACGGGUAAAGACCAGAGAUGAAAGAGGGUGGUUUCCCUACCAUUUUGUACCGAAGUUAGCCUCUUUUUUUCUUCUUCUUCUUUUUCCUUUUUUUUUGCACCUCUUUGUUUUGUAUGGAAAAAUAUAAUGACUUAUAUUAA